UGGGGUCGAAAGGAUUAUAGAUGACAGUAACAUAUAAAAUGAAGCUUAUUCUUGUCUGGCUCUGUGUCAUUUCUGAGACUUUUGCAUUUCCAACAGAGCCUCCUCCCAGUGUUGAAAAUAAAAAGCCUUGUUGUGACGGACAACCACAGCUAAUUUACCAAGGCCGUGAUCCCAAGCAUGGUAUAAAUGUCUACGUGUUUGAGUUUCCACCACUAAACAAAGAAACUAAGAUGAAAGAUGAAAAUGCUGAAUACACAACUAUGAAAAAUCUACACAUAGGUGAUGGAGAACAAUAUGAAGACACAAUUCCUGAAGCCAAUACACCUGCAAAUACAUUUGAGAAGAUUCGGAUGUCUGACAUACAGAGUGAUUUCAUCAAUGAAACCACAGAGGUAGUGGACACAGAGAAAAGUACUUUUUCAAUAUCUUCAGAAAAGCCUUUGAGAAGUACUCAGAGCAGCAUUUAUAUGCCUGAUUUGGAUUUUGAUCCAAUUAAUGGGCAGGUAACUGUUGCACAGGAUGAUUCUGAAAUGUAUGGAGACAGUGCUCUAGGAUAUAUACUCACAGGAGGAAGCCAAGCUGAAACAACACACAACAGAGAGGUGCGUAAGACCAAUGAGCAUUCUGAUAAUGGCUAUUAUAGUGCAGACGGAAGCACGCUUACUGACAUUCUAGCGUACAAUGACAGUGAUUCAGGCUUACAAGUCCCAAAUGUAUAUUUUCCCUCUAAUAAUGAUGAAUUCAAUAGAACCCUUGGAUGCACUGAUGGACUGUGUGGAAACGCAUCCAAAUACAUAGAUGAUCUUGUGACACAACAUACAACAAAUAAAGACUUUUUGUAUUCCACAAUGAGCAUCCCUGCUACUGUUGGAAAUGCAACGAUAGAGCAAAACACAGUAAACCCUACUGUCAGCGCAAAAGGCAGGGCAAAACCAACAAAAACUGUUUCAAGAAGUAAGGAUAAAGGAAAUAAGAAACCUGACAAGUCUAAAGUGAAUGGGAAAGAACCUUUGAAAAAAUACAGCACUGGAAGAAAUGUCAAAUUUAUCAGCAAGCAAAGACAACGGACUGUGAAGCAUGGUGGUAGACGUCCCCGCCCUCAGUAUCACAGAUCCAGUUCUUCUGAGAGUGACAGUGACAGUAGCCAGCAACUGAAUUAGGACUGAUGAUUAAUACUGCAUACAACCAGUGACACUGAGCUAAAGAUGUGUUUACAGGGAAUUGUCAUUAGCAUUUAAACUGUAAUAUGUUUGUGGACACAAAUAAUUUAUCUGCCUGGAUUUAAGCAAAAAAAAAGGGUUAAAAAAAUGCAGACAUUUGUGGAAUAAAGCCUGUCAUUAUUUGCUUUUUCAUAAUUGUUUUUGAGCAGUCUGGCAGAUAAAUUGAUGUCUCUAGUGUAUGACCACUCCAAACCUGCACAAAGCAUUAGAUUCCAGGAUUAGGAAUUCAUAUAGUGGAAUAGAAGACAACGGGUGUUAUUUUGUAAAUGAGAUCUUACCGGAGGGUUGGAGGGGAAAAUUGAAACCGUCUCUCAAAGUCAGUAUACAGCAUGCAGGGCUUCAGACUGACUGAGAGAACCAUUCUCAGUUUUCACCUCCAACCCACUGGGAAUCGACGGCUUAAAAAAGGUACUGCUUCAUAAAACAAUAUAGUCCAUUGUGUUUGAAAAAAAAUAAAA